CGCGGUCAGUGUGGGCGGGAGUGGGUGGGGCGGCCAACCUACCCUGCAAUAUGACCUCUCCUUUGCCUGCUGACCCCGCUCUGCUUGUCCUCUGGUACAAGAAUGGUAUCCUCAAGCCCAUAUACAGUUUCGAUGUGCGUAGUGGUCCUGCUAACCACUGGAAGAAUCCCUCACAUCUCGGUAGUCGUGCCAACUUCCACCCUACCACCGCCUCCCUCACCCUCCAGCGCGUCCAGGCCGACGACCAAGGCACUUACCGCUGCAGGGUCGACUUCAGGGUCAACCCCACCUUGACCUUCACUACCAACCUCACGGUCAUUGUACCCCCGAGCCGUCUGGCGGUGUACACAGAGCUGGGUGUCGAGGCUCGCAACAUAGUGGGUCCCUUCACAGAGGGCGACACACUCCGCCUCACCUGCCGCGCUACAGGAGGGUCACCGCCCCCUACCGUGACCUGGUGGGAAGGACCUGCACUCCUGGAUAUGACCCCUGAGGUAGAGACACUGGAUCAGGUCACCAACACCCUCGUAGUGCCAUCGCUGACCCGCCGUGACCUACAUCGUACACUGACCUGCCAGGCGGCCAACUCCAACCUGACAGCUCCUCUCUCCACUACCGUUACCCUCGACAUGAACUUUCCUCCACUCUGGGUUCGUCUGUUAAGCAGCCGUGACCCUCUGAGUGCUGGGAGAACCUACGAGGUGGUGUGCCAGGCUGCCGGUGCCAGGCCUCCAGCGGUCAUUGGGUGGCACCUCGGCAACACUAGGCUUACCACUCACACUGAUAAGCUGAGCCACGAGGGUAAUGUGACCAAGAGUGAGCUGCUCCUGACUCCUGAAGUGGGAGACGGACGGAAAGUGUUGUCCUGCCUGGCUGAGUCCCCGGCCCUCACCUUACACCCGCUGGUCGACGAGUGGCUCCUUGAUGUUUACUAUGUACCUGUAGCCACCCUCCACCCUGGUCGAUCUCUCAACCUCAGCAACAUUGAGGAGGGAGAUGACGUUUAUUUCGAGUGCUCUAUUAAAGCCAAUCCAUGGGUGUACAAGAUAGUCUGGCUACAUGAGGGGACUGAGCUUCAACACAACGUUACAGCAGGCGUAAUCAUCAGUAAUCAGAGCCUCGUGCUGCAGCGUGUGGCCAGGACAGCCUCAGGCAACUACUACUGCGUCGCCUCCAACAUCGAGGGUGACGGCCAGUCCAACCCCAUACGACUCAAAGUGAAGUAUGCACCUGUAUGUCGUAAUCCCCAAAUGGCUUACCACGGAGCCGCCAGGUUCGAACAGGUAAACAUUCCUUGCUACCUGGACGCCCACCCAAAGCCUGUGUCCUUCCGCUGGACAUUCAACAACAGUGGCGAGAGUGUUGAUAUCCCCCAGGAACACAUCCACGUGGACUCCACUGGGUCUACCGUCAGCUACACCCCGAACACAGAGCUUGACUAUGGCACUCUGCUCUGCUGGGGCACCAAUGUAGUCGGACUCCAGCGGCGCCCCUGUGUGUUCCACGUCUUCCCCGCCGGUAAACCAGAUCCGGUACACAACUGCUCGGUAUAUAACUUGUCGGUAGCUGUGGUCAACGUGCGAUGUAUGGCGGGCUUCGACGGUGGCCUGCCUCAAACCUUUAUUCUGGAGCUGUAUCAUCCACGCACCAGCACCCUGCUAGCUAACACCACCAACUCGGUGCCGACGUUCUCAGUGCCAGAUCUGCCAGCGGGUGUGGCACUGCGGGGUGUUGUGUAUUCCACCAAUGCCAAAGGCGGCAGUGAGAAGCUCUCUCUGCAGGUGUAUACACUCAAGGACGUGGCUGAGAGACGUACAGCUGCCGUCAAGCCCUCGCCCACACACGGUAAAUCAUCAGCUCACUUCAGUCUGACGCCCAUCAUCGUCCUGGUGUUGGGAGCUGUGGGCGGUAUCUUAAUCGUCGUCAUCGUCAUCUGCGUCGUCGUGAGGGUCCGCUACGCCGGACGGAGCGGUGGCGUUGGCCAAUGUAAGCGUGCAAACGUUCAGGACAUCGCUGUAGACCAAGAGGACCCUUCCAGCGCCGCCUGUCACCCCAAGAUGGCACCGACAAGUCUUCAAGACUCUGUGCCGCCGCCUCCCGUCACCCCGAGAGACUUUGAUGAAAAAAACCCUGAUGUUAUCCCCCAGUCAGAGGCCGACUCGUGGGUGGUGGAAGGCGUCAAUACUAUCAGCUCUGCGUCGCUACCCACAACCUACGCCACCUUACCCCGAUCACAACACCUCUGUACUCUAGCUAAUUACCAGCAGCAGCCCUGUGCCGCUGGGGACGUUCAGUACGCCGAACUCAUGCUGGGGGGCGCCACACCAAGCCCCCAGCACCACGACAUCAAAAGAGGACCUCCAGACCCCCAGAGAACUGCCACGACCAAUCCUCAACACCACGAACCCCAGAGAGUAAUCUACGCUACCCUGGACCAUAAGAGGAGUCAUUCUCACUAUCCUCCGCCACACCAACACCCCGCCUACCCACAGCCCGUCGCUACCACCAACACCACGCCCACACAUGCCCUCCAUCUCCAGUCUACGCCCACGAACAGCGGCGGGCACCCACAAGGAACCCAGCACCCACCCUGGACCCCUUCUACAGCGUCUAUAGGGCGCCGCCACUCCCUCAGACGUGACCCCCACACUGGAGACCCUGAGACUGUGGUGCCCUUGAUCCCCAACCAGAAGGAGAGCUCCGUAUAAGGUCUCAGAGGCUGGUACUUGAUCUCUGUCAAGCGGUCGGUAGCGAGGAUCCUGGGAGAGAAACAUCGUACAGUACACCAUAAUUACCAAGUAAAUCUUCCAGUGUUGGUGCGGUCACUACACGCCAAAAACCUGACUUGUGGUGGUGGUGUUUAUAUUGUGCAAGUGAUCUGGUGUUUGAUGGAAAAUAAUACUGAAACUCGAGACAGAAAUGUAAUUGAAAACAUCCAAUAAAUUACAUGUCUUGGAAAGAUCACAGUAAAACUUCUCUAUUCACUUGUGGUCAUUACACUUAACUUACAUCACUCACACUUAAACAAUAUGUCAGUGGAGGUCGAAACUUCUGCCAUGUAAAGUGGGUUUGAUCUUUCUAAUUCGAUGUUUCGUUAAGUCCACACUGCUGUAUAGACAUGGGUGGUGACAGUGAAACAAUGGUCUUUUAUUCCCGCUGUUAGGUUGUCGGACUCCAGUGAAUCUCUGAGUGACUGGAGAGGACAUUCGUGGGCGAUAACAGUGAAGUUGAGACUCUUGUAAACUGUCAGCAAUGGAUACUUGUUAUAUGUUGUGCUCAGGUAGUUGUAAGGCGUUAAAUUAAACACUGGAGGGGAAUAUUCUUUGUUGAUAUGUUGAAGGGGGGCGGGGGGAUGGCGGGACUAGGCUGUGGUAGUGUGUGGUCGAGAAGAGGAGCCUUCUAGAAUGUUGUCUUCACAUACUCUAAUGCCUUCCUACGACACAAGGGUAUAGUUGUCCUCUUGACGUUUAUAUACCAUGAAGAAAACUAUAUUUUUAAUUUUCAUCUUUAGGGCUGCAGUUAGUCCCUUUUGACAUACUAGUUUUUAAGAUUUUAAUAACUUCGUCAAAUAUAUUAUUUAUGCCAUUUUGUCGUGGGAAGGCAGUCUGAUCCGAAUUCACAAUCAGCUGAAAACUGUGUUCAAUCUCUCCAGAUUCUUAAGAGAUUCGUCCUUGAUUUUUUCUUUACCUUAACUGACAACGUGAGAAGGUAUCAAUCUGGGUCCAAAAUAGUGUUGUCAUUGUAUUGAGGCUGCAUAAUACGAGGCUGUAUUGUGACUCACCAGUUAAAGGGGAAAAUGAAUGGUCCAAUCACUGGGAAUGAGAGUCCCAGGUAUGUCUAAUAUGUACAAUUUAUUUGCAGUUCCUAAACAUAUGUAUUCGCAUUUUAUUUCAGCGUAUCAGUUUGCAAGUUUUGUUUUAAGAUUUUGGUUUAUUUCACCAAAACCUAUUUUCAUCAGUAAUUAACCUGGUCUGUGUACAGGAGUGUUCAGUAUUUUACACACCAUUCACAUUGUACAGGAGGCCAGAGUCUGGCUCUCUGGGGCCUGAACAUAAUAUCAAUUAAUGUUCAGCCUACAUUUCCAGGGACUGUUUACACGUGUUGAUUCAGGCGCGUCAUUACAUAUAAACACUGGCGAGUCAUUCCCUGGAGCUUCUGGCAAUGAUUGCCCAACGUUGUAAGAUCUGACCUGUGGAAACGUGUUGCGCCCCCAGGCUUAUAGGCCCCGCUGCUGGACACUUAAUUAAAUUUUUUUUUAUUUAUCAUUAAUUUAUCUUCUUUUUUUUUUGCUCUCUAAUGGUAACUAUUCUUGGGAUGUUGCUCUUUUUCUAUUUGCUAAUUUCCAAUAUGUUUUAUCAUGUUACCAUUAACAAAGUACAUAUUUUAUAAUAAUGUAAUGAAAAUAAGUUAAAUUGAACACAUUUGAUAUAUAUAUAUAUAUAUAUAUAUAUAUAUAUAUAUAUAUAUAUAUAUAUAUAUAUAUAUAUAUAUAUAUAUAUAUAUAUAUAUAUAUAUAUAUAUAUA